CGAUAAACGACAGAAGUUAAGCUAAUUCCAGCGCGUGUGUGGUGUAGUUCUCAGACGGACUUCGUCAUGAAGAAGCUGAUGGUGCUCGUGCUCCUCCUCCAGGUGUCCGGAUGUGCGGACAGCAGGUGCUUCUGUCAGGUCACAGGAGACCUGGACGACUGCACUUGUGAUGUGGAGACCAUCGACGGCUUUAACAACGACCAGCUUUUCUCCAAACUUCAAACUCUUCUGGAGUCAGACUAUUUCAGGUUCUACAAGGUGAACCUGAACAAGGCGUGUCCGUUCUGGACGGUCCGCAGUCACUGUGGUCUGAAGGACUGUGCUGUGCAGCCGUGCUCUCCUAACGACGUGCCAGAGGGGAUCAGAUCCUCCUCCCACAGCAAGUAUUCAGCAGAAUUAAACGAGCAGCCGGUUGAGUGUGAGCAGGCGGGGCAUCUCGGAGCUGUAGAUGUUUCUUUAAGUGACGAGACCAGAGAGGCUCUGCUCAACUGGAGCAAACACGACGACGAGGCAGAGCGCUUCUGCGUGGUCGACGACGAGGAGUCACCGGACUCCCAGUAUGUGGACCUGCUGCUGAACCCGGAGCGUUUCACGGCCUACAGAGGACCAGAGGCCUGGCAGAUCUGGAACAGCAUCUACGAGGAGAACUGCUUCAAACCGUAUACCAUCAAGCGACCACUAAUUCCCAACUUGUUCCACAGCGGCUCAGGAAGUGAAGCAAAGACCUUCUACAGUUGGCUGGAAGGUCAGUGUGUAGAGAAGAGGGCUUUCUACCGCCUCAUCUCCGGGCUCCAUGCCAGCAUCAACAUACACCUGAGCGCCAGAUACCUCUUGGAUGACAGCUGGUUCCAGAAGAAGUGGGGUCACAACGUGACCGAGUUCAGGCAGCGUUUUGAUUCGGAGCUCACGGCCGGCGAGGGCCCCAAGAGGCUCCGCAACCUCUACUUCCUGUUUCUGAUCGAACUGCGAGCGCUGGCCAAAGCUCUGCCCGUCAUCCAGCAGCCUUCCUUCCACCUGUACACCGGCAGACCGGAGGAGGACCGGAGACACAAAGAGCUGCUGCUGCACAUCCUGCAGCUGGCCCGAUCUUUCCCUCUACACUUUGAUGAGAGGUCUCUGUUUGCUGGGGAUGAAAAAGAAGCAGCCAAACUGAAGGAGGACAUCAGAUUGGCCUUCCUCAACAUCUCCAGGAUCAUGGACUGCGUGGGCUGCUUCAAGUGUCGACUGUGGGGGAAACUGCAGACUCAGGGAUUAGGUACAGCGCUAAAGAUUUUGUUUUCAGAGCGCCAGAUUGAAGCUCUGCCUACGUCCAGCAGCAAGCGACCCAGUUUCCAGCUCAGCCGACAGGAGAUCUCCUCCCUGCUCAACGCCUUUGGAAGGAUUUCCACAAGCAUCAGAGAGCUGAAAAACUUCCGAUCUCUGCUAGCAGAGGAGCGGUGACCGUGGACAGAUCGACUCUCCUGCCUCAGUUCUGCUAAAAUGUCCUUUAAACUUCAAUCAGAGUUUAGCAUCAGCUUUCAAGGUGAAGCAGUGGUGGAGGAACAAUGAAAAUCCCAGCUCCACGUAAAAGUCCUGCAUUCAAAAUCUUACUUAAUUAAAAGUACAACAGUUUAAGCAUCAGGUUUGGUAUAGAAGAAGGCUUUCUGUGCUCUUUAUGAGAGUAACGUUAACGUUACUGAUAGUGUUUUUUGUUGUUGUUGAUAAUAGCAUAUUUCCCAUUUUCCUUAUACCUUGCAGCCUACUGUCAAUAACGUUAUUUGUCAGUUUUUUCGAUAUUCAGUGUUUAAAGCACAGUUCAUUCUCCUAUUCAAAAUCCUACUCAAGUAAAAGUACAAAAGAAUCAGCAUCAAAAUACACGAAGCACCAAAAGUAAAAGUACUCAUUAUGAAGAAUGGCCCCUUGUAGAAUAUAUUAUAUUACUGGAUUAUAAUUAUUGAUGCGUUACGGUUUUCAUUGCUUUAAUAUUGCAGCUGGUAACGGUGGGGCUCAUUGUUAUUACUUAAUAUACUGCUGGAUAGCUUAAUCUAUAAUAGUUAUUUACAUUAGUAUUCAUUAAGUUAUUAUUAUAGUGUUAUGCCAAACAUAUGGGAUUUCAACACAGCAGUAUUGAACAGAGAUUUUCCAGUCUUGCAUGUAUAAAUCAUGUGGAGAAAUACAUGAAGAAGAAAACAUAUCUCCUAUCAGAGCUUUUUUUCCCUCUUCUCCCGGGCUUUUUAAAUAUUACUGGAUAAUUUAUUUGGUUCACAUUUGGACAGCCAUCUCAGUCUUUGAUCAUCAUCCAUAUUUACAAAAUCAAUAUCUGUGUUUGUCUUCCUAAACAAGCGUUACGCUGUUCACAGUAAAAAGGACAGCGUGGGAA